AACCUUCCCCCAGGUUACGUUGUUUCCUUCCAGACUCUUUAGCGGUCGGACUCAAUGAAAAUAGCCAGCGUGUGAUUUUUUUUUUCUUUUUUUGCCUCACUGUCUUUUAUUUACGCUGUUUUACAUAGAUGUGACGAUAUACAAAACAGACCGCGCUGUCUUUUAUUAGUAUAAUAAAACUAUAUAUAACUAGUAUUGUAAGAGGCAGUACUUUGUGGAAUGAAGUGUGUAAAGGGUACAGUUUAGUUGAUCGUUGCGACUUUUUGGCCGGUUAGCGGUGCGGCUACGUGUCGGAACUUGCUGGUUUCAGCCAGCCACAAAACCUUGCGACUUAUUCGCGAUAGAGAAAGAGCUGCUAAUGAUCGUUGAUUAAACUAGAAACACUGAAAUUCCGCAGUUAUGAAGGAGAACAAAUAUGAGGAUGUUUUGUUGUCUACCCGGUAACGAAAGAGUGGGACUGCAGGAAAGGGGGAACUGGGAAAGAGCCGAGUGUAUUAUAAUGUAGGCAGCUGUUUAGCUGGAGAUCACAGUUUCAGCCUAUAGUGCGGUUAGUGUGUCUGUCUACUGCAGGUAAAAACCCUUAUAAACAGCAGUAACGCUUUUGUUAGAAGCAAGAUGAUGUACUCUUCCCGGAGAAAACCAGUGCUCUACUUUAAAGAGGACAGAAGAAAUGAAAAGCAAAAGGCUCAUCAUCAUGCAGAUGUGCUAUUUCUAUGGAAAAAGUGCACGGUGCUGAAGCUGUUCGGUCUCUGCGUGGUGCUCGUCCUCGGCUCUCUUCUCUGGCUGCAGCUGAGCUGUUCAGCUGAUCUGAACCAGGCACUAUUGUCUGAUCGUCCUCCCCAUCAGCCGUGUCCUUUAGAGAGACAGACUUCAGCCGUUGAUGACGCCUCAUGGGGCCCUCACAAAAUGGCUGUCAUUGUUCCCUUCAGGGAACGUUUUGAAGAACUUCUUAUUUUUGUGCCGUACAUGCACGCUUUCCUCAGUAAAAAGAAAAUACGACACAAGAUUCUUGUCAUUAACCAGGUGGAUCAUUUACGCUUCAACAGAGCCUCUCUCAUCAACGUUGGCUACAUGGAGAGCGGAAAUGAUACAGACUACAUAGCGAUGCAUGAUGUGGACUUGCUGCCUCAAAAUGAAGCUCUAGACUAUGGAUUCCCAGAGGAGGGACCCUUCCAUGUAGCUUCACCAGAGCUUCACCCACUGUAUCACUAUAAAACAUAUGUAGGAGGGAUUCUGCUGCUUACCAAGAAACAUUAUCAAAUGUGCAAUGGAAUGUCCAAUCGGUUUUGGGGUUGGGGGAGAGAAGAUGACGAGUUCUUCAGAAGACUACGAGCAGCAGAACUGCAGCUGUUCAGGCCAAAAGGAAUAACCACAGGGUACAAAACAUUCAGGCAUAUUCAUGACCCAGCCUGGAGGAAGAGAGACCAGAAGAGGAUAGCUGCACAAAAACAGGAACAAUUUAAAAUCGACCCAGAGGGUGGUCUGACCAACCUGCGCUACAAGGUGGAGUCUCGACAGGAGCUGAUGAUCAGUGGAGCCCCCUGCACCGUCAUCAGCACCUUGCUGGAGUGCGAUAUCAGCCAAACGCCCUGGUGCCAGUUCAGCUAACACGCCUGGCCUGCUGAUGCUCUGUUCCAUGAUAAUGACAUUUCUCUAUGUAUAGGGACAUUGUUGUGGAGAGUUUCGCUUAAAUAACCUGGUUAUUUAACCGGAAACACCGAAAACAAGACAUAAACAGACACUGAGGUUUUAUUGCUACUGGACAGUAUUAUGAUAAUCUUUGAUGAAGCUGCCUCUGUUUUACUUGGACAGAACUGAACUGUCAGACCUUUCAGGUACUGCACUGAGAAGUCAGCAAUGUUACUACUAAUAUGAGCUUUCAUCAUAUGAAUUUCAGAAGUUGAGUUUCAAACUGGUGAAGCUGUAGCAAUGGCAUUUUCUUGGACUCUUUCUCAUGGUGCAGUAAUUAGCAUUUUAUUUGUGUAUGCUGAAUUUAGAAUGAAUGACUUGAUGCUGAUGUACUUAAAUGUUUUAAGGGUACUUUGAGGACAUUUGCACACUAUUCAUAUUUAUAUAAAAAGUCCAGUCUACUUAGUUUUUAUACCAUGUUUUAUCCCAAGUCUAGAAGUUAGUUGGUUUGGGCUGGACUAAGUCAUGAUUGGCACUGCAGUUCUGCAGUACUGAAAGGUAUAGUAUAAGAAGAGAGGAGCAUGCCUGCGUUCUCUUUACCAAAGACGUCUAAAAGUCUCUUGACCUCUUGAGGGUAAAGAUGCAACAUGCUGUGAUAUGGAUGUGACAGUCAGUGGGGUCAAACUGAAUUUUUGAAUGACUACGUUUUGACAAGAGCAAGCUUGAAUCACUUUCAAAGAUGUAUUAAAUGGGAUUAUUACAAGAGA